GAGACAAUCUGAGUGGGGAAGGCAGUUCGGGGCUUUGUCCGGUGCCGCCCCCCCGGACCCGUGCUGGGGGGGACAUUUAGAGCAAUUACUUGUCCAGAAAGUAACUGUCAAUCAUUCUUAAAGGGGAAGGCCUCCAAUUAAUAACCUCGUCCUAAUCCUUUGGACUCAUUUCCAAUCUGCGGUGCCUUGGUGACAUCUGCAACACUAAAUAAAGAUUCUCCUGAGCCUUAGCGCGGCGGUUCUGUGACAAAUAAGAAGACUAGAGGCAACUUUGGCUGCCAAAGCUGCGAGAUUGGUGAGGUUGAGCCGCUUGUUUGGUUCCCAGGAGGGACCAGCAAAGUUAAAUACUCCUGGAAAAGCCAAGUUGGGCCCAGCAGGUGCGGAGCCGCGCAAAUGAGAAGUGGGUGCCACCAUGUUCCUGAACAAGAGUGAGGGGGACCUGGGUGAGCUGCGGAAGCCGGGGGACGGCGAGGGCGCCUCACCGGCGGCCGCUGAGGAGGAGCAGCCCAAGAAGAAGCACCGGAGGAACCGCACCACCUUCACCACGUACCAGCUGCACGAGCUGGAGCGCGCCUUCGAGAAGUCCCACUACCCGGACGUGUACAGCCGCGAGGAGCUGGCCGUGAAGGUGAACCUGCCAGAGGUCCGCGUGCAGGUCUGGUUCCAGAACCGACGAGCCAAGUGGAGGCGACAGGAGAAGAUGGAGGCCAGCUCCAUGAAACUCCAUGACACCCCCGUGCUUUCCUUCAACCGGCCCCCCAUGGCCCCCAACGUGGGGCCCAUGAGCAACUCCCUCCCGCUCGACCCAUGGCUGACGUCCCCCAUCUCCAGCGCCACUACGGUCCACAGCAUCCCCGGCUUCAUGGGACCCCCCCAGGCCUUGCAGCCCCCCUACGGCGGGCACUCCUUCCUCAACAGUCCCCCGCCGAUGGCGCAGGGCGUGCAGCCCAUGGCGCCCGCGCCCUACCAGUGCGGCACCACCUUUGUGGACAAGUAUCCGCUGGAGGAGGUGGACCAGAGGAGCUCCAGCAUCGCCUCGCUCCGCAUGAAAGCCAAGGAGCACAUUCAGACCAUUGACAAGACCUGGCAGCCCAUUUGAUGAAUGCUCCCCUCCGGCCGCGCCGCCCCCCAGCUCCUGCCCCCCGGCGUUGGCUCGGCCCUGGGGCAGGCGAGGGGGGUGACGGUGGGAUGCUCAGCUGGCCCUGGGCAGGGAUGCCGGGCUGCAUCUUCCCCGCGAUGGGCCAGCACCGUCAGUGGCAGGGGAGCAAGCCGGGGUGCUGGCGGGACCCCGCCACAGCAGAGCACCCCAGCAGCCACCCACAGCCCCUCUGCCUUGCUGAGGCACCGGCCCGAGCUGUGGAUCUGGCCGAGGCCUGGGGGCGUCCCACCGUGCCACCAGGCCACCCACCACCCUGGCUGGACACCUCCUUUCCCCACACCCCCUCCCCCUUUUUUUUUUUUUUUUUUU